AUGGGCAAAGACGUCCCGCUAAGGCCCAAGGUGAAUGUGUCUUCUUACAUUCACUUUUUGCUGAAUUACAGAAACAAAUUCAAGGAGCAGCAGCCAAAUUCUUUCCCUGACUUUAAAGAGUUUUCUAGAAAGUGUUCGGAAAAAUGGAGGUCCAUUUCAAAGCAUGAAAGAGCUAAAUAUGAAGCCCUGGCCAAGCUCGACAAAGCCCGGUACCAGGAAGAGAUGAUGAACUACGUUGGCAAGAGGAGAAAGAGGAGAAAGCGUGAUCCCCAGGCACCCAGAAGGCCUCCAUCAUCCUUCAUACUCUUCUGCAAAGAACACUAUGCCCAGCUGAAGAGGGAAAACCCAGGCUGGUCAGUGGUGGAGGUGGCAAAGGCCACAGGGAAGAUGUGGUCUGAAACAACAGAUUUGGAGAAGCAGCCGUAUGAGCAGAAGGCAGCUCUCCUGAGAGCGAAGUACCAUGAGGACCUGGAAGCCUACCGUAAACAACGCAAAGCCAGGAAGAGCCUCCGCAUGGCUAAGAACUACCGCAGCGGGAGAACCGCGUCCCGCAGAAAUUGA